CGUGCGCAUGCGCAGUCCGGCGCCGGGGAGGAGGCGCCCUAGCGAGCCCCGCCGCGGCCAGGGGACGUGCGCCGCCGUCGAGAUUCAACUAGAGAGGAAAUGGCUGCUUCUUCAUCCUCCUCCUCAGCAGGAGGGGUCAGCGGAAGUUCCGUCACGGGGUCCGGCUUCAGCGUCUCAGACCUUGCCCCUCCUCGGAAAGCCCUCUUCACCUACCCGAAAGGAGCUGGAGAAAUGUUAGAAGAUGGCUCAGAGAGGUUCCUGUGUGAAUCAGUUUUCAGCUAUCAAGUGGCAUCCACACUGAAGCAGGUGAAGCACGAUCAGCAGGUCGCUCGGAUGGAAAAGCUAGCCGGGUUGGUGGAAGAGCUGGAGGCUGACGAAUGGCGGUACAAACCGAUCGAGCAGCUGCUGGGGUUCACGCCCUCGUCGGGUUAAUGGGGCUGACGGGCCUGGCUGACUCUGGUGCGUUGAACUGAGGACCCAGCCGGAAAGGAGCCCGCCUCGCCUGGCCUCCAGUCUCCGAGGAACCUCAGACGUGUCGUGAAAUCCUUUGUUUUCCACAUCCAAACUGUGCAAUUUGCUUCAUUUCCUAGAAGCAGCAGCCUGGGGGGGAUGUCGGAGCUGGGUCACCUUGCAGCAGCCAUUUUAUAAGAGUCCGAGGAUAGUCAGAUUACAGGAGGAAAGCCGUUUUGAGGAAUUGGGAUGUUUGGGUACCGAUAAGCCCGUGGGAUUUUUAGGAGACAUUUGCCCCCGCUAGCAGUAGGUGCUAAAAGUGGCUAAUUUGAAACCUGGGAACCUCCGCCCGGUAAAUCAAGGUCAGCGUGCAUAGGCAUGAGAUAUAAAAGCUCCUGCCCUGACCAGUUUCACUUUGAAGUUGCAUAUGAUGAAGAUCAGGAGAUGCAAAUGAAGAUCGGGGACAUGCAAAUGUUAACUUUUUUUCUCUGGCUCUGCUGAGCGCAGCUUUUCUCAGGGCCAUUGACCACAUACAGAGUGCUGGGGAAAGGAUGUCCACUCCCAAAGUAGGGAGACCCUUUUGUGCCCAGAAACCUGACCUCGCCCUCCGGGAUUAACUCAAACCGUUGUACAGCAAAAUAAAUCCUUUCAACGACUUCA